GUGUGUUUUUCGCAGUUAAAAAGCGUUGGCUCACGUCGAGCUGAGGGCAAACAGUCAUGUCAGGGCUGACGAUUCUCGCUUUUCUUGCAGUCACUGCUGCAGGUGUCUCCAGCAGUGAGACGUCAGACUGCUCGUACUUGAGCCUCCUGACUCACUUGAACCUGAUUCAAACAAACUCCUCUAUGUCAAUAAUGAGACCCGUGAAAAACUGGACUACAACAACCCUUGUUUACCUGGACAUGGUGCUGUAUGGUAUUCUAGAAGUGGAUGAGAUGUCUCAAACUGUCACCACUCACAUCCAGACACAAAUGAAGUGGAGAAAUGAAUUCCUGAGGUGGAAUUCUUCAAACUUCUGUGAAAUUAAAACGUUGACGGUUCCUAGGAAAAUGCUCUGGGUCCCAGAUGUAGCCAUUCAAGAGGACACUUCUGACACUGGGAGCAUUCAGAACAGUCCUCUGCUCACUCUGACAAAUGAUGGCUUGGUGAUCGCAAACGGACGCCAGCGGCUGACGACCACCUGUCAGUUCAACCUUUACCUCUUCCCAUUUGACACGCAGCGUUGUCGCAUCACAUUUUCAUCCAUGAACUACGACGCGGAAUCUAUGAAACUGAGCACAUUCAACAGUGAAGCAACUCUUUCUUUAGUCUCUGAGCAGAUAAUGAUCACACAGGGAGAAUGGCAACUUUUAAACAUGACAAUUAUUUAUUUUUCUUUCGAUAUACAAAAUGUAUCUCAGAGCAGGCUCAUAUACACGGUCUUCAUCAUGAGGAAGCCAAUGCUUUAUGUGAUAAAUUUAAUCGUGCCUCUGCUUUACUUCCUGAUCCUGGAUCUGGCGUCUUUUUUCAUCAGGGGUGAAAAACUGAGCUUCAAAGUAACUGUGCUCCUGUCAAUCUCCGUCCUCCUGCUCAUUCUUCAGGAUAUGCUGCCGUCCACAGAAGACAAGCUGCCGUUGAUGGCCAGCUUCUGUGUGUCGGUUUUCACACUGGUGGGGCUGAGCAUCCUGGAAACCAUGCUGAUGGACUUUCUGUUGGGGCUCGAUGAUUACUGUGGAAACAAGGCUCAAAACGCGGUUAAUAGCCAGGAAGUGGAAAUUCAGCUGGAAGGCAACUCUCACAAAGACCCCUCUGCAGCUGAAGAGCGAGGUCAGGUGAGUCCAGUGAUGAAGCCCAGUGAGGGUGAGCUGCUGAUGCUCAUCCUGGAGGAAGUGAAGGUGGCUCGACAGGAAACCGGACGACAGGUCAAAGACGACAGGAAGCCGGGACGCUACGCAAGACUGGCUCAAAUCAUAGACUCUGUGUACUUUUUCCUCUAUUUUCUCACUAUUGCAACAUAUUUGAUGUACAUGAAUGUGGAGUGGCUUGGAAGCUAUUUAUCAAAUAAUAAAGAGUAGCUCACUAUAAUCGGCCUCCAUAUAAGGCAAAAUAUGUUUUUGGGCCCCUGUUGACUUCAAAUGUAUAAAUGAUCAAAUUAUCAUUAUUUCUCGUCCAGAAACUAGAAGUUGAGAGAUGCAAUGAUUAGUUGAUUAAAUGACGUAAAAUCAUGGAUGGAUUCAAACUUCCUCAAAUUAAACAACAAUAAGACUGAGGUUAUCAUACUUGGACAAUUGGAACUGCAAGAUAUGGACAAUCUUGGGCCUUUGGCUUCUUAUACUCACUCCACUGUAAAGAGUCUUGGUGUUCUUUUUGACAAGGCUUUUAAUUUUGAAAAGCAAAUUUCCUCAGUAGUCAGAGGUAGCUUUUUUCAACUGCGACAAAUAGCCAAGGUAAAGGCCUACCUCCCACAAAAAGACCUAGAGAGAAUUAUCCAUGCAUUCAUAACCUCCCGUCUGGAUUAUUGUAAUUCCCUGUAUGUAGGCUUAGACAAAUCAUCCAUUAAACGCCUGCAGCUAGUCCAAAAUGCUGCUGCUCGCCUGCUGACUAGGACAACAAAGAGGGACCAUAUCACACCCAUGUUGCGCCUCCUACACUGGCUUCCUGUUUGUCACAGGAUCGUUUUUUAAAAUCUUGCUUUUAACUUUUAAAUCUCUUCACGGACUGGCACCGUCUUACUGAUCCGAACUUCUCUUUAUGCACACUCCAGUUAGGGAGCUGAGAUCAGCCACUCAACUGCUCCUUGACAAACCUCAGACAAGGCUCGUAACCAGAGGUGAUCGCGCCUUCGCAGUAGCCGCCCCAAACCUGUGGAACAACCUACCACUUCACAUUAGAUCUGCCCCGUCUUUAACACACUUUAAAUCGCUACUAAAAACACACCUGUUCUCCCAGGCUUUCUGCUCGAGUUGAGUACGUUUCAUCGCAGCUGAUUUUAUUUAUCUUAUCAUAUAUCUUUUAUUUUAUUUUAUUCAUUUAUUUUAUUUUACAUUAAUAAUUGUAUUUUAUUUGUAUUACUUGCACUAUAAUGUAUUACCUUUUUACUGUCCUUUUGUUGUACCAUUACUCCUGCAAAGCACUUUGGUCAACCGAGUUGUUUUUAAAUGUGCUAUAUAAAUAAAAUUGACAUUGACAUUGACAUUAACAAUUGAAUCAUCGGCAGACAUGGAAACAGAAGAAUAGGUGAUACUGCUGCAAACAGAUGUGCGCCUGUCAUAUGCUGUGGUCAUGUGACAGGACGUACUGGUUUCCGCAGCAGCACCGAUGGGCGGGUUGAAA